AUGGCGAACCCGAAUGCGCUACGACCAUCGAUUGGUCGCGUACUGCGGCUCCAGGAGACCAGACAAUGGCUCCCCUCGACAUCGACAUCGGCCCCCAUCGCCCAACCACGAAUCGCAACGUCGUGCUUCUCGACCUCUUCAGCGCACGCUAAGCGGGUGACCCGCGACAACAACCGCCUGCGAGGAGUCUCGACUAUGAAGAGAACAGGUCCUCGUGAGAAGCUCUCCGUGUCUUGGGAGGAGAUACCCAGACCGGCGGACUACAAGCCCACCGUUGCUGUGGACCCGAACCACGGCCUCUGGGACUUCUUUUACGGCAAGAAACUCCUGCAGACGCCCAAGGAGGACGAAUCUCACGGCCGCCCAUGGGAAACCGAAGAGUUGCGCAAGAAGAGCUGGAACGACCUCCACGCUCUGUGGUAUGUCUGCUUGAAGGAAAGGAACCGCAUCUUGACAGCGUCCAAGGAGCGCACAAGGCGGCAGCUUGGUUUUGGAGCCCUGGAGGCCAGCGGCAGAGACGAAACGGUUCGGAUAACGAUGAGGCGGAUCAAGCACGUCUUGACGGAACGAUACUACGUCUGGGAAGAUGCGCGCCAGUUGGCUCACUUUGAUCCCGACAUUGAUAUGAAGCGCCAGCCCAUGUACAGAAACGCUUACGAUCGGGCAUUGAUGGCGGCUCCUGGCGAAGAAUCGAUGUAUGAACGGGAAUUGCCCGCGGAGGCAUCGGCUGAGCAGAAGACUGAGCCGGCAACCGGGGUGGAACAUGAAAUCAAGCCGGCGGAGGCGGAGGCUGAGAAGGCACCGGAGAAGCCCAAGGAGGAGAAGAAGAAGGCCGUAGAGAUGCCGGUGCCGAAGCUUUGA